UCCUCCUCUUCGCGUUUUAUGUCCGCGUGGCAUGGAUCUCUUCCCCGACACUGGCUUCUUCUUCUUCUUCAUCUUGUUGCUGUCGUCACCAUUGACUGUUGUCCUUUCUGCCUCAGCAUGGCGCCUAGCAACCCCAUUGAACUCUCUUAAUCCGAUAUCCCCCCCCCGUCAGCUUCGCUGCUCUUCCUGAUCGCAUGUCCCGCUCGCAGGAAUGCUUAUCGUUGGGAAGACCCUCUUCUACAUUUGGCUAAACCCAGCGGUUCUUGUCUAGUGACCACGAUC